AACGUCAAGUUUUCGACCCACUGCUAGCUCGCGCGCUGUGCAUGCCGGGUCUUGUAGUCUCUUUCCCGAUCUGUAGGGUUGGGCUGUAACUCCGGAGUCGGCGGGCGCAGGAUGUGAGCUCACAGCCGAGAUUGCAGGCAGCCGCAGGCCAGAGGUGGCACCGAGUCCGCUUGCUACUUGACUGAGACUCGGAGAGGCGUCCCCGCGGACGGUGAGAGCCAGAGGCACUGAGAGUAUGAGGCCCUGGCCUCUGAGGGCCACUCACUCGUGAUCACUUCCACCACGGCAGAACCUUCUAAGCCUACCUCCUGCCGUGUGGUGAUCUACCUGCAGCGGGAGAUGUCAGGGGACACCUGUCUGUGUCCAGCCUCGGGGGCCAAGCCCAAGAUCAGUGGCUUCAAGGGAGGCGGGCUGGGCAACAAGUACGUGCAGCUCAAUGUGGGAGGCUCCCUGUACUACACCACAGUGCGGGCCCUCACCCGGCACGACACCAUGCUCAAGGCCAUGUUCAGUGGGCGAAUGGAGGUGCUGACUGACAAAGAAGGUGGCCUUUGCCAGCGCUGGACACAGCUUGGAGGCAAACGGUAGUCCUGUGGGACCCCUCUCACUCCCUAGGCUGGAUUCUCAUAGACCGAUGUGGAAAGCACUUUGGCACCAUCUUGAAUUACCUCCGAGAUGACACCAUCACCCUCCCUCAAAGCCGGCAAGAAAUCCAGGAGUUGAUGGCUGAAGCAAAAUAUUACCUCAUUCAAGGGCUGGUGAGCACGUGCCAGACUGCCCUGCAGGACAAGAAAGACUCCUACCAGCCUGUGUGCAACAUCCCCAUCAUCACGUCCCUGAGGGAGGAGGACAGGCUCAUUGAAUCCUCCACAAAGCCUGUGGUGAAGCUGCUGUACAACAGGAGCAACAACAAGUACUCAUACACCAGCAACUCUGAUGAUCACCUGCUAAAGAACAUUGAACUGUUUGACAAGCUGUCCCUGCGCUUCAACGGCCGCGUGCUCUUCAUCAAGGAUGUCAUUGGGGACGAGAUCUGCUGCUGGUCUUUCUAUGGCCAGGGCCGUAAGCUGGCAGAGGUGUGCUGCACCUCGAUUGUGUACGCCACAGAGAAGAAGCAGACCAAGGUGGAAUUCCCAGAGGCCCGUAUCUAUGAGGAAACACUCAAUGUCCUACUCUAUGAGACCCCUCGAGUCCCUGACAAUUCCUUACUGGAGGCCACAAGCCGGAGCCGCAGCCAGGCUUCCCCCAGUGAAGAUGAAGACACCUUUGAACUACGGGACCGUGUCCGUCGCAUUCAUGUCAAGCGCUAUAGCACUUACGAUGACCGGCAACUUGGCCAUCAGUCCACUCAUCGUGACUGAUGAGACCCUUAAGAAAUCGGGGCACAAGAAGUCCUGUCUGCCACCCUGUGGAACGUACCCAUUGGCCACCCUAUGCUGCUCCUGCUAGCUGGGAGCCUGCUCUAGUAUGUACAGGUGACAGCCCUGCUUGGGAGGUUGGGGAGCUGAGAGAGGGAAGGCCACAUUGUCUUGGCUGGCCCCCCUCCCCCCAGCACUUCCAGAUGCCACCCCACUUCCUGCCAAUAAGGAGCUACUUCUGCUCUAGGGUGAGUGCACUGAUUUCCCACCUCCUGCCAAGAAUACCCCCUGGCCCUUGGCUGAGUGCCCCUUUCUUCUGAAGAGCUCCUUUAGCUCCUCAGCUGAGGCCCACGAGAACAGCUUUGUUCUAGGGGAAAGGAGGCUUCUGGUGCUGCGAGGACCCAAUUUUGAACAGAAAAAGUGGCCUUUUUUUUUCCUAAGGUGUUUAAACAUUGGUAUAACCUGGAUUUUUGUUUGUUUUUAAAUCUAGAUGUUAGCAUGGCCGUACCUAUAAUCCCAGCUAUGGAGAAGCCGAGGUGGGAUAACAUGUUCUAGGCUAGCCUGGACAACAUAGCAAGGCCCUCAAUAUAAAAUUUUAAAAAGGGGGCUCACCUAGCAAGAGUGAGGCCCUGGGCUCAAUCUCCAGUACUGCCACACUCACUAGGUAUCUACGAAAUGACUAGUUUUUAGUCUGGGGGGAAAGCUAGGACUAAGCAGAGUGCCAGGACCCCACCUAGUAGGCACACACUCACACACUCACUCCACCCUUUUCAGUAUCCUAGGACCCAUCUUUAAAGCACUUUGUAUGUCUAUCAUUCAGGGGAAUCUAUUCUGCCUUGACCCAAAGCUUUUUCUGACACUGAUCCCCUCCUGCACAAUCUUAAGGAAAGGCUGAGACAGGAGGAUCACAAGUUUGAGACCAGCCUGUGCUAUGUAGUUAAAAGUUCCAGGCCAGCCUGGGCUACAUAGGCUUUGUUUCAAAAAAAAAAAAAAAAAAAAAAGUAGACUGACCAGCUUUGGCUUGUCAGCCUGACUACCCAAAGAAUACCAAGAGGGAAAGGACGUCCAAGUUGAAAAUGGUUUUAAUAGCAUCCUGUGGGGAAAGGGUAGGGUCACAUCACUGACUCAGACUUAACAGGAUUCUUUGGUGUGAGCCUCAUACUUGGGUAUGUUCAGCUCUAAGACACAGAUGUGCUGCAGCCCCUGAUACUAUGUCUCAGUUUAUGUCCUGGUUCUGCCUAGUGAUGCAUCUCCAAAUACAUAGUAACUAGGACCACCUAAGCCUUUGAAAGACCUUUCUUCUGGGUCACUGACCACGGAUGUACCAAGAUCUAGACCUGGUGUCAAUUCUUCCUUUGCGCUUUGGUUUCCCUCCCUUUCUUUGUUGGGACUGGCUCUCUUACCUGGAUUCUAUCCAGAGGAAUGUUGUCACUGGAGGGGGCUGUUUGUAAGCCUAAGGAAGUGUGUACCCAUCAACAGUGCCCAAGAAGGGCCACAGAUUAUCAGCUGUAUCCCUUGACUACUCUUAUGAUUGCCACAUGGGCACACAAAGGCUCACCUCUUAGAGCCUAUGGGCAGAUGCCAAGCCCAGGGUUGGGCUCUCACAAGGAUCUAGCCUGACAGGGCAAGGGGAAAUGGGAAAUGUGACUUAAUAAUCAGGCAUGUUAUGUUAAUCACGAUCUUGAAUGUAUAAAUAGCUCUAAGAUGCUUGGGUCAGGCACCUUAGUGACGAGCAACUAUUAGUUCGUCCAGAUCUCGCUGGAACUAAGAUGACAAUCCAACUUUUUUGGCCAAAUAGAGGCUUUGGCUUUCAGUCUUUCCCACAGACUUUGGAAUGUGACAGCAUGAGGCCACCAAUCUGUUUUCUCAGCUGUCCCCUAGAAGCCUUUAACACUCAGAUUCUCAGACCCCUGCGGUGUUUCCAGUUUGUCUCUUUACCGCCACACCCCCUUUAGCCUCCAUGAGGCGCUUUGACAUCCAUCUCCUCUGCUGUUCAGUGCUGUCUAGUCAUGGGCUGAGGAAACAUAGCAGGAGUCCCGGGUUGGGCAUUCAUCUUCUUUGACUGAAAAUUUCUCCUUGGUUUAAGGAAAUAAUACUGAAGUGAUCUGGACUCGUGAGAUUUACCAGCCCUGUCCUAAAGGAGUUGUAGCAGGAUGGGUUUUUUGAUCACAGGCAGUCCAGGGGACUUAAACAUAAAACAUGCAUGAGGGUCAGACUGGACGCUGCUCACAAACACCAGCUGUGUGCUGUUGAACCUGGGACAUGUGACUGGUUGGCCUGAAGGGUAACACAGGUUCUGGCAGGAAAGAAUGUGCCCUUUACUACAUACCUGCGGUCUCAGUUGCUUACCUUAAGUGAUGGAAGUAAACACUAACUUCUAAUAAAGUUGUUUUACACUGCUGA